AAGAACGACGAAUGGGCAAGCAGAUCAGUUCGAUGUUGCUUCACCGAGAAUUUAGAUCGUGUAUAUGUGAAUAGCAUAUAGAGCGCGUAUAUAGAGAAAGAGGAUUAAUCUGAAAUUAUGUCGGCGGCCGAACCGGAAAUGAUGACUGGGUCUAUUACCGCCGUGACGUCCACCGGUCUAACAGCGACUGCUGUUUUCCUGAGUCUCUUGGUACCGGCUUUGGUCCUAUACUACAUCUACUUCAAGAUUUCGCGCCGUCAUAUGCUCAAGCUGGCGGAAAAAAUACCGGGUCCGGAAGGUCUACCAUUAAUCGGAAAUGCGUUGCUGCUCCUAGGAAGUUCGGACACCAUGUUUCGUAACAUGUAUAGAAAGUCUUUCGAGUUCGACCAAGUCAUCAGGCUCUGGUUCGGGCCAAACCUAGUGGUCUUCCUUCUGGACCCGCGCGACGUUGAGAUUAUCUUGUCCAGCCACGUCUACCUCGACAAGUCCAAUGAGUACCGUUUCUUUCAGCCUUGGCUCGGAAAUGGUCUCCUUAUUUCCACCGGUCCAAAAUGGCGAGCCCAUCGUAAAUUAAUCGCUCCGACAUUCCACUUAAACGUGCUCAAGAGUUUUAUCGAUCUCUUCAAUGCCAACUCGCGUGCUGUGGUGGAACGGAUGCGUAAGGAGGGCGACAAGGAAUUCGACUGCCACGACUAUAUGUCCGAGUGCACCGUCGAGAUUCUUCUCGAGACCGCCAUGGGUGUCUCCAAGUCCACGCAGGACCGAAGCGGCUUCGAAUACGCUAUGGCCGUUAUGAAGAUGUGCGACAUUCUCCAUUUACGUCACACAAAAUUCUGGCUCAGGCCGGAUUGGAUAUUCAAUCUCACGAAACACGGAAAAGAUCAGACCCGUUUGUUGGAGGUCAUCCACGGGCUCACAAAGAAGGUCAUCUCGCGUAAGAAACAGGAGUUCAGCAGCGGCAAGCGCAAUAUUAUCAACGAGUCUGAGCAAACCAGCAGCGACAAAAGCACUUCUGUGGAAGGACUUUCCUUCGGACAGUCGACCAACCUGAAAGAUGAUCUUGAUGUGGACGACAAUGACGUUGGCGAGAAGAAGAGGAAGGCUUUUCUCGAUCUAUUGAUGGAGGCUGGUCAGAACGGUUCUAUCCUGACGGACGAGGAGGUCAAGGAACAGGUCGACACUAUCAUGUUCGAGGGACACGACACGACCGCGGCUGCAUCGAGCUUCUUCCUGUCGAUAAUGGGCUGCCAUCCGGACAUUCAGGAGAAAGUUAUCCAAGAGCUCGACGACAUCUUCGGUGACAGCGAUAGGCCCGCUACUUUCCAGGACACCCUCGAGAUGAAGUACCUCGAACGAUGCCUCAUGGAGACGCUUCGCAUGUACCCACCCGUGCCUGUCAUUGCGCGUAAAGUCAACAAUGACUUAAAGCUCGCAUCGGGAGACUACACGGUCCCAGCUGGGACUACGGUGAUAGUGACAACCUUCAAAAUGCACCGGCAGCCGCACAUCUACCCGAAUCCGGACGUCUUCGACCCCGACAACUUCCUGCCGGAAAAGACCGCCAAUCGACAUUAUUACGCUUUCGUGCCGUUCUCCGCUGGGCCGCGUUCCUGCGUGGGCCGCAAAUACGCCAUACUCAAGCUGAAGAUUAUCCUGUCCACGAUCAUGAGGAAUUUCCGCGUCAAGUCGGACAUCAAGGAGUCAGAUUUCAGGCUCCAGGCCGACAUUAUCCUUAAGCGCGCGGAAGGUUUCAAGAUCAGGCUGCAGCCGAGGAAACGGGCGCCUACCGCCACCGCCUAGACCUAAGCAUUCCUUCACCAUUUUCGUAGAAAUAGUUGGGUAGAGGAGAGCACGAGGGCAAAGAAACGAGUCGCGAGUUUCGAGAUUUGAGCCCCGACGAUGGUUCGCGGUAGCCUUCUCGACGAAUUGCAUCUCAUGCGCGCGCGUGAAACAAACGCUGCCGCGCCAAGUUACAUGUACAUGUUGUAUAUUACUCGUCGUUAUAUAACGCAUAGCUUAUCGCUCACGUUGAUAUUUAUCUCUUGCAAUAAAUGCGAUACUUGCUGUGCGGCGAAA